GGACAGAGACAGGAGAACCGGUCCGUGUCCUUUACCCUAUCGUCCGUCCUACUGUUACGUAGGCACACACAGAGAUUCGCUAGGGCUCGCUAUAUCACCACCGCGAAUCCCCGAAAUCGUGAGAAAUUUUCAAAAGGAAAAAAAUGUCUUGCGUCCGACGCCGCGACCGAGUCCUAGCGAUCAUCGAACGGACUUAAGAAAAAAAUUAAAUUGUAAAAUGUAACCGAAAACUGUGAUUCAAAAAAAUCCGUCGUAUAAAAAGUGAUACCUUAUUUAUUUUAUUAAGUGUCUAGAUUCAAACAGGUUUCCCUAAGAAAAUAACAGAAAAAAGAGAGUGUCAUUCAGUGCCAUAUUUACCUCGUAAAUUAAAUAAAAAAAAUAUUUUCAAACCCCAUUCUCCUAUAUUUAUAAACUUAAUUAAUAAUAAUUAUUUCGAUAAAAUCGUACAUAUACACAUUCAAAUACGUACUCAAACACACACACACAGCAGCAGCAUUGUUGUCAUUUUAACAUUAUCAGCCGGCGUUCAUAUAAUCGGUCAUUCACAUUUCGGUUAAAAAUAGAAAACGCCACUAUUGUAGUAAAGCUAGACCGAACCUGGCUAGAUUUUAUUCGAUUCUAUCUGUAAAAAAAUAAAGAAAUUCCUUUAAAAAUGCCGUGUUUAUAACUGGUAAUAUUCGGGAUGUGAAUAACCCGGAGUUCAAUGCCUCGCGAGACCGAAAAGCUGUGCCGGCAUCUCUUCUAGCAAGCCGGGCGACUUAAUUUUCCUUCGAUUUCCGCAUAUUUUCGGUCAUAACAUCGGAUUUCCUUCCGAGAAAAUUACUAUUUUGACUUGUCUGUCUAUCGAGACACGUGCAAACCCACUCGCAAGGACACGAAUUAUUAUAUAGGUACCUUAAAGUUGUGCAAACAUUUUAAUACAGCACAGAAUAUCGAUUAAUUAGUAUUAUUUACCGUUUUAAUGAAAAACCAUUAAAAAAUAGAAAUUAAAUCGGUUUAAAAGUGACUUUUUUAGUUGUAUUGUGGCUUAUCUAUCGCAACGAGAGUCGGCGUAGAGUGUUGUAACGCGGUUGCCCAAAAUCUUGAAGGUCAAUGAACCGCCUAAACUUUUGGCAUUAAGUUUAACGAACUUAUUUACCUUUUUUCUUAACCGUCAUCGCUUAAAUGUGGAUAUUACACACCUCUCUUUACGGUGUUUCUUGAAAAUUCGUCGAAAUUUUCCGUUUUUUUACGUAAAAUAAAUUACAUUGAUUUAUAUUUUUUUAUCGAAUUAUGGUUUUCGUCGUUAGAAGUGGUGAUUAAACGGAGAUGACUAUGUAGUUGCUGUGUUGUCGUACGAGGUCGUUGAACCGCCGCUAGAAAUAUUUUACUUUGUGAAAUUACGUACCGUUGACCCUUCCACUUAUCUCUAGUCGUUUCGUACGUAUUUGAUUCAUCCAAAAAAAAUAUUGAUAAUUAAUUUUUCUCUUUCGACGUGUAUAGAUUUUAUCGAAUAUCUUGUGCGUCUGCUUGGUGCGAAUCUGUUACAGGUAGUGGUCCAGGAAAUAAAGAAAUGGAAAUAGACGUGGUACAUCGGAAGAGACUUUUUUUGAAAAUUUCCGACUCUCCUUAUGUCAACGGAUUAUUCCUGACGUGAGGGAGGAUACAGAGUGAGUUCAGUGACAUUGCGACGAUAAUAAUCAAGACGGUGGUACCCUGCAACGCGGUCUGCGUCAUUUUUUUCAGUUGGAAAACGAAAAUUUCUGCGAUCGGUCACUGGGUGCGAGGUCGGGUAGUUUUGGCGGCAGUUUUUCGCGGCCAUGCGCCCUCUAUACGCGGAGGGCUGUUGUCGAAGUUCGUUCCGAGUGAAUCAUGGACAAUUUUCCCGAUUUGUUUAAUGCGAAUGAAAGUUGGGGUGUAGUUGGGGAACCCGGAACAAGUAGGGACCUGCUCGUCAGACACGACAAUAUUUCUUCGGUUGAUUCUUCCACGCCGCCGCCACAGCAUUUGGACAAUGAGGAGAGGAAAAGUGCGAAUUCUAUCAGAGCACAAAUCGAAAUCAUACCGUGCAAGGUAUGCGGCGACAAAAGCAGCGGCGUCCAUUACGGCGUCAUCACCUGCGAGGGGUGCAAGGGAUUUUUUCGACGGUCGCAGAGUUCCGUGGUCAAUUAUCAAUGUCCGAGGAACAAGAACUGCGUCGUGGACAGGGUGAACAGGAACAGGUGCCAGUACUGCCGGUUACAGAAAUGUCUGCGGUUAGGCAUGAGUCGAGAUGCUGUCAAAUUUGGCCGAAUGUCGAAAAAGCAAAGGGAGAAGGUAGAGGACGAAGUUCGGUUCCACAGGGCGCAGCUCAGAGCUCAGAACGAUUCUGCACCAGACAGUUCGGUCUUUGAGCAGCAGACGCCUUCCAGCAGUGAUCAGUUGCAUCACAGCUACAAUGGAGGGUACCCAACAUACAACGACGUAGGAACGUAUACUCCUGCGUACUACCCAGGUCAGACCCAGGUGCCGGCGACUACGAUGGGGUACGACAUUUCGGCGGAUUACGUCGACAGCACGACGGCGUACGACCCCAGACCGGGGUUGGACGCGCUCAGCGACACGGGGAGUCUCAUGGCUAACGUGGUUACCACCGGCACUAACACGAGUACCGGUGGCGGUGGCGGCGGUGGAGGUGGGGGAGGUACACAGAAAUCCACCAGCCUCUCCUUGUCGCCCGAAUCUCGCACCUUUAAACGUAUAGCGCAAACGGCGUCCUCUACGAACUUGUCUGGUGGCACCACGGUGAUCUCCGUGAAACAAGAGAAUACGGCCGUAGACGCUCUCCAGGUGCCUAGCUACGUAGACAGCACGACGUUCGUUAGUUCGCCGAUGUCAGGUCAGGGAACGUCGUCGUCGUCGACCAGACAAGGGUCGCAACAACACUCGGUUGCCGGAAAUGGCGGUGGUGGUGGGGAUGAAUGCGAGCCUGUAGUGUUGCCUAAUCCCAGCCAAAUAUCGGAACUCCUCUCCAAAACAAUAUCGGACGCACACACGCGCACCUGCCUCUACUCGAUCGAGAACAUUCACGAGAUGUUCCGGAAGCCGCACGACCUGUCCAGGCUGCUGUACUACAAGAACAUGGCGCACGAGGAGCUGUGGCUAGAGUGCGCCCAAAAACUCACCACUGUCAUACAGCAAAUAAUCGAGUUCGCGAAAAUGGUGCCUGGAUUCAUGAAGCUGAGCCAAGACGAUCAAAUCGUUUUGCUGAAAGCAGGAAGCUUCGAAUUGGCCAUCAUUCGGAUGUCCCGCUACUUGGACCUGUCGCAGAACUGCGUCCUCUACGGCGACACCAUGCUCCCUCAAGAUGCCUUCUUCACUUCUGACACGGCGGAAAUGAAACUGGUCUCGUGCGUGUUCGAGGUUGCGAAGGGAUUGGCCGAGCUCAAACUCACCGAAACCGAACUGGCCCUGUAUUCGGCUUGCGUGCUACUAUCACCAGAUCGGCCAGGACUGAAAGGCAUAGCGGAGAUAGGACGGCUGAGCCAGGCUGUUCUACGAGCCUUGAAACUGGAGCUGGAUAGGAACCACACCAUGCCAAUAAAGGGCGACGUAACAGUUUGUGAUGCCUUGCUUACUAAAAUACCUAAUCUAAGGGAGAUUAGUAUGCUUCACAUGGACGCUUUAGGCAAAUUAAAGAGAUCUGCACCCCACCUGGACUUCCCUGCUUUGCACAAGGAGUUGUUUAGCGUGGACAGUUGAAUGCGUUGCGACAGUCUCGUAUAUAAUCUGAUCGUGCGGCAGCCCUGUGUAGCUACUAUCCUUCAUACUGAUGUAUCGGCCUUACAUACAUAAAAUUAAAUAUACAUAAUAAAUUAUAAUUUCGUUAUUGUGAAAAAUGGAAAAUAUUAUUGUUGUGAAAUAUGAGAAGAGAAAAUAAAGAUUAUGAGAAUCAGCAGAUUGUUCGAUGUAAUCGUUUGAAAAACCGCAACAGACUGUGAUACGAAGAGCCAGGCCCUGAUUUUCAUAGUACAACUUCUUGUUUGUUGUCUGUUAUUAUAUACAGUGAGUUUAUAUUAAAAAAAAAUAAGGUGCUGAUAUUAGUGACUUGAUAUGUCUCUUUGCGGUUUUUUGGACGCGUCCCAUCCUAUAUCGCUUCAUUGCUAUCAAACAUGCAACUACUAAUGCAAAAGAAAAUUUAGCCUUGAACAUAACUUAUCGAUAUAUAGACACUUUAUAUUAAAAACUUUAAUAUACAUUUUUUGUUAAAUUCAUGGUUGAAACUUCAUUGCUUAGAAGAAAAUCUGAUUGUUUUAAACUUCUUCUAGAUGAAAAUAAUCAAUAUUUCCAUAAUACUAUUCCCGAUGUACUUACUACAAUAAGAAUGAGCAAUACUACAUGCAAUAUAAUAAUAAGCAACUAGUCUAGUAAUCUUGAAACCACUAAACUAACUACUUUAUUUAAUUCCAACUAAAAUAGUAUGCUAUUGAUAGUAUGCAUCAUUAAACAGAGAUAUAUUAUGUUAAAAGGGAUAUAAUAUUUGAAGAUUUUUUGUCAUGGAUAUUAACUAUCAAAUUAUAUAAUUUUUGAUAUGUGGUCUGAUGAUGAAUCUUUUAAAUGCUGUUUAAAGCAUUAAAAGUAGCAAUGAGGUGAUACAUGAUACGGUCGUAUUUUUGAUAGUCUGCCUUUUUAAAUGCUAAUACACGUUAAAAGUUCUACACUUUGUAGUAAAGUCGCCGUGAUCGGAAAUAGUAAAGAUUUAUUUUAGUUUUUAAAAUCUAGACUUUAGAAUGCGUUUAUAUUAUAUAUACAUAUUGUUAAAGUAACGUAUACUGAAUUUAUCAUAUUUAUAAAUAAAAAUCACUUUAGUUUUAGUCUUAGAUGAAAAAUACAAUACAAUAUAGAAGACUGUAUGCUUAUAAAUUUAUGAGUUUUUACUAUUUUUGACACUGGUGCUCAGUUUUAGUUAAGUUUUUCUUGGUGACACAUGGUUUUAUAUAAAAAAAAAUAUAUUAAAAGAGUAUAUGUAUAAAGAAUAUAAUGAAUUAGAUAUAGAGUAUUUAUGGAAAUAGACUAUACCUGAUUUCGACCUUAAAUUCAGCUUUUUAUUCGAACUGAACUGAAAAAUAUGAUAUUAAGUGGAAAACUUGACUUAUUAGAAAUUUACAUUAUUAACUUAUGUAUGGAGAUUACAUAAACACAAAAAAAAACUUUUAAUUAAAGUAACGAUAUUUUAGUAAAAUUUUAAUUUAGAAAAUAUUAAAUAAUAAUGCUACAUUGUCGAGUAGGAAGCUUAUAUUAAUAUAAGUACGAAGAUUUUGGCACAUCUUUUCACUUCGGGUGAAAAAGUAAAUAAAGUAAAAAAGACUGCAGCCUAUUUAUAAUAAUCUAUACCAGUUUAGAUUUUAAAAUUUAAUAUUUGGCACACUUAUAUUCAAAAGUAAUUUAGGAUUAAUUAAGAUUAAUGAAUGAAGAGAUGGAUAUAUAUUAUACAAUUAUUUCUACGUACAUGUUCUUAAUUUUAAUAAAAUUUAACAUCGGAGCAUCCUCAGACCAGCACUAGCAGAAUUCAUUUCAUAUUAAUCCAUAAUAAAACGACACCAAUAAUUAUAAUUUUUAAAAUAAUACAAUUACAAUUUAUUGGCGAUGUAACGUUUUGACGUAGUUGCAAUUUUCGGUAAAUCAUUUUAUUUCUGUGCAAUACAAUCCAAUACAUUUUUUAUGUUUAUGCAAUUUCUUUUUGAAAUGCUACGAGCAUAGUUGUAGUGUUAAGUUAGAUUUAAAAUUUGCUUUAUUAGGUGUCAACUUCUGUUAAAAUGUUAGACAUUACUGCGACACAGACGAAUCGGUCACAAUCAUAAUAUUCUCAUCGUAACAUCACAAUUAAAUAGAAACAUUCGAAGACGUUUUGACUAAAGUUGACAUCGUUGGCUGCCGGUUAUUUUGUAUCUAACAAACCAUGUGGAUUAGAGAAAUAAAAAUUUAAUACCAUGGCUGUGUUCUAUGCAUGAAAUAACUUUCCGUAAGGCUAUUUUUUGCUUUAUGAUUCAACAGAAUUAACAUUAUCAAUAUAACUACUGUAUAAUGGAAAAAAUACUGUCAGAGUAGCCUUUCAAACAGCGAACAAUGAUAAUUUCUGUCAGAGGACCCCUAUAUGUCAUUAAUUCAAAACAGACAUAAAAGAAUAAUAUUUAAUUAUUAAAAAAUAAAAAAUUAUUAUAUGACCCUUUAUUAAAAUAAAUAUGUACAAUAAAAUUUACAAUACUAUAAAGCAAAACAAUUAAUUGGAAAGAUAAAAUCUACCUUAAAUGGUAAUCUAUUUAGCUAAAUCACUACAAAAAUCAAAAUGCAUUCAAAAUUUGAAAAAUCUAAGAAAAUUCAUUCAUAUUUACAUUUUUUCAUUUAAAUAAACAAUAAUUUAAAUUAAUCUCGGUAGAAAUUUGGUAGAAUAUACAAAACAAAAGAUAA